AUGGCGGAUGGAAGUUCGAAGGAACUUCGGAAGAGUGAUGAUGAAUUAGAUUCCUUAUUAGACAGUAAGUUCCCUGCCUUCAUUCAUGUUGCUGUCUCUAGAUACAAUCUAUGCAUUUAGGUGCUUUUAUGAUAGCAGCUAUGUGCUGUUUCGUGGCUGCUUCGCCUAGUUUAUCAACACACUACCCUGAACAGUUGAAGUACUGGUCUAUUGCCCAAUCGAUCAUUGUUUAUAGGCGACUUAUAGACCCUUUGAGAGGCGAGUAUAUCGGCAAAAACCUAGUUUGAAUAAGGGAAAUAAUCGUACAGGAUUAAUUAACUGCCCAGUCGUGUUCAUCUCAGGAUUUCACCAAGGAUAAUUAUUAUGAAGACUCACUGGGCAAAGGUUAACUUUCCCUUGAGCUUGAGAACGGCAUAAGGGCUAUUACACAUCGGGAUGUGGUUUUAUUACAUAUGGGCAACUGAAGUUGGAAGGCAUUAAUGUACAGAAAGGAAAAGCAAGCAGCCAGACAAACACCACUAAUUUUACAUUUAAGGUUAUUAUUUUUGUCAAAAGGCACAUUUUAGGUUUAAGUGGAGUGUCAUGUUAUGUUACCCUGGGCCGAGUUGCUCGAAGGCCGAUUAGCGCUUAACCUGGGUUCCUUUUUCUUGUGUUCAAAAGCGUUUUCUGUCAUAAUUCUGAUAAUUCUUUUUUGAGCUUCCAAUCAUCUGACUUGCAGACAAAAAGAAUUAAAACUGAAAUGCUUUUUAAGCUUUCAAAAUCUGAAUUCAAAUCUUGCACUAAACCUGGGUUAUCUUAACCCAGCUUUGAACAACCCGGCCCUGGGUGCCAGAGGUUUUCUUUCUGUUGUUUGCAGUGCAAAUUGAAUGGCAAAACGGCGAUCACGAUCCCGGCUUCGCUGCUCAAUUUUGCCUGCAAACAACAGGAAAAAAAAAACCCCUGGGACCCAGGGUAAUGUCAUGUUUACUGUGAAUGACAUUUACAAAUAUAUCCAGGUGCUCUUGAAGAUUUUGACAAAAAUAUCCCAUCAACCACAAGACAGUCAGGAAGUGUUUGCCAAAAUGAGGUUCAACCAGCUGCGUGUAGUUCUACAGAAAAAACAGAAUGCAACGGUGAAGAAAGAAGUGGCAGCACAGCAGGAAAGGAUUCUUCUCCAUCACAAGGGGAUUCUAAUGCUCAAAUGGAAGCCCAUUUUGCUAAAGCAGCAGAAGACCUUGAAAAUGCUGUGAAGACAAUGCUAGGAAAUGAGCCUGAGUUAUUAGCUCAGCUGGGUCAGUUUGCUCAAGCAACGACUCAAGCUGAUCAUGGUAUGUUUUGGUACAAUUUUACGUCCAGUACUAUUAACUACAACUUAUAAGCCCCCCUUGUUAUAAGCCCAGACUACAUGUAAACAAAAACAGGUCAAUAUUGUGAGCUUCCUGCAAAAAAGUCCCCUCUAGCUUGUAUUGAACUUUUUGGGUGGGAAUGUGCCACUGGGAUCCUGGAACCCUUAGCCUAUGCCAGAGCUAGUUCAAGUGAAUUUUGCUACCCUAUACUAGACUAAACUCCCCUAAUCACCCCUGUCCUAUUCUUGAGUGGCAAUUCCCAGUUUCCAAAGUCUACACUAAAAUCUUCAGCCAAUUGAUCAGUUUAAAAUGGAAAAUGAUACCCUCUUCUAGACCCAAACUCUCUGAUUUGCCCUAUCCCAGAGUAAACUGCUUGAAAACCAUACCCUUCACAGCGGUACAUACCCAUAAAGCCCAUAUAUUGCAGUACCCCCCCAAUUAUUGAAAUGAUUAUUUGAUUUAUUACAACAUUUUGAAGGUUAACCCUUUAAGCCCCAGUAUCCACAUACAAAUUCUCCAGACUGAUCUCUAUACAUUUCUUUUAAGAAUAGUUGAGAGAAUUAUUUUGCUUUAAGAUCAAAGAAUUCUCCCUUUGGUCAUCAAUUUAGUAAUUCUCAUAACCUUUAUUUUUGAUGAUCUGCUGAUGUUGUUGGGAGAAAAUUGAUGUUGGUCACUCUUGGGACCUAAAGGGUUAACUAAUAACCAGUAAAUGCAAAACGUAGUUUGAUCAGCAUAGUAUUCCUUUAUGCAUCUCAUCAGUACGCCCUCAGAUUCGCUUUUCCUUGAUUACAUGUACAGUAGUUUUUAUGAACAAAGCAAAAAUUCCUUUUACUCUAGAGCGUGGUGUUGGCACUUAGUAGGUAAAAGGGAGUUGUGCGCCACCCAGAAUCAGAUUUUUAUUUGUGUCCUUGUAUCACAGGGAUUUUGCAUUAAAAAAUAAUGAUACCACCCUCAUUCUUCACUCCAGGAAAUGUCUCUUAUAUGGUGACUUUUAUUGAAUCUCCUGGAAGAUGUGCCAAAAAAUUAUUUAUUUUUUAUUAAUUAAUUGUUUCUGUUUUGUGAAGCUUACUUAGACACAAGGACAGUAAUCCACAAAUGAGUCUUGUAUUCACUCAAAAAAAUACAGUUAGGUGCUUGAUAUAAAUGUGUGUGAUUUCCCCGCCAUGCACUGUAUCAUCAUUAAUUUUCUAACCCCCUGUGUGUGAAAGCCCUGGUUCUUGUGUCCAUUGUGCUGGGGUCCUGUAUUAUGGUAGUUUUUAGCUUGCUUUAAGGCACACGAGGGAUUUUGCUCCCAGAGCAUGCUCCAGGGGCACGCUCCAGGAGCAAAUUUCCUCCGUGUGUACCAAUGAUUUCAUGGGUACACAUCAUCCUUGGGAGCAGAAUUUCCACCCCGCAAAAUGCUCCACGAUAUUUAACUGGUUAAAUAUUUGGGAGCAAGCUCCGGGGGCAAAUUGAGCGAACUUUAAAAUUCUCCCUUGUGUGUACUGACACGUGCAAAAUGAGCCUGGAGCAUGCCCCGGGAGCAAAACCCCUCGUGUGUGCAGCCUUUAAGCCAUUAAAUGUAGGAAAAAAAUAAUAAUAGUAUGUUUUUCUCUCUUAGAUAACCCUUCAUCUAUGGCUGACCUUGAAGCAAAUUUGACAAGAACCAUGAAUAAUUUGGCUCAAAAUGCUAAAGAACUGGAGGUAUAUUAAAUAUUGCUAAAUUGUUCUAAACUGAUCCAUUAUAAGUAGGUCCAGUUGUAUCACAGUAGAGUUUAACCUUUUAAUUUUAAACUACAUGAUUUGCAAACACACCCAAUGUCCCCAUGUGCUUCUCCUGGUUAAUUGCAAUGGACACAGAUGCUUUGGAGGGUGCAGAUACAUGUACGUGAAAGGGUCUGAAAGUUUUCACCCUGAAAUCAUUGGACAUGUCAUUUUUUGCACACAAUUUGCAAGAUCAAUACUGUUGCAAAUUUUAAGAGUCUACUAUCUAUGGUUGGUGUAAUCUGGGGAGAAAGUCUCAAUUGCCUAUAAGGGGCAAAAGAGGUUGCAUGUACAUGAGUCCCAGAAAUUUAUCCAUACCCCUCAUGGAAGGGAUUUGUUUUAUGACCCCCCACCCUUCAAGAGCACCCAACAUCAAUUUUCAGAAAACGUCUGUUCGGAAGAUGAUUUGAGAUCUGGAAUUUUCGGAACAUUUGUUGUAAAAUUUCUUGCUUGCCCGCCUCUCCUAGGAUUUUUGAACAACUAAAAAAUGGUAUAAUUGCCCAUUUUUAACAGAUUUCACUCUAAAAAGGUCAGGAGCCUUUUUUCUGGCUGAAAUUUUCGAAAAGGUAAGUUUUGAUCCCUAUAAUUUUUGGAUCAAUAGACUUUCAGCUAGGAAAUCCGAACAGAUGAAAAAUUUUUAGGGGAUAAAAAUUCAUAUAUGCCUAUAUCUACCAUUUAAAUACUAAAAUACGUUUAACAAUGCUAUGUUUAAGUGGUUUGAACUAUAUUCUGCUUGGGUGCCCCUGACCCAUUUGUCCCCUGUUGAAAUUCCAUUUUGGUUGCCUUAAACUUCAGAGUCUUUUCUACAGGGUAGUUCCAGGGAAUUUCUACAGGGUAGUUCCUUCUGUUGAGGGGUAGUAUGGAUAUUUUCUGGAACUAUACAUUGACUGAAAGUGCUGCAUUUAGCUUGAGGCAACACACUGUUUCCUUCAGUCAAGAGUGCUCAUUGUCUAGCAUAGUCUUCAGGGGCUCUCUUCUUCCCAGACUCUGGGAAUGUGGUUGCCUAACAUGCAGGAGCGUGGCGUCCAUAUACGCACACUCGCCCAUGCGUACAGCUAAAAUCUGGAAAAGAAAUAUUUUGUAUUUUUAUUUCCUGAAAGCAUUUUUUUUUAUUAGAUCGGGAUGACUGAUGAAUUUUUUAUGUCAUAAUUAUUGGUGUCUUUGUGUUGGUCUGAAGGGUAGAUGUCUUGUCCUUUGCUUGUACCAGUGUCACUGUUUAACCCUUUUUAGUUAAACACUCCACCUGACCGAUAACACUAGAGAUCAGUAAAAUAAACAACUAACAACUACUGCAUUUGCCUUCUUAUUUAUAUGCUGAAAAUGUAUUGUGGAAAUACCCAAGAAAUAGCAUUUCUGAGACUCUAAAUUUAAAAAUUUCUGGGGGACCAUGCCACCAGACCCCCUAGUUUGGAGAGUCUUCGGCCGGCGCUCUCAAUUUUUUUCCCUUGCAUACACCUUCAAAAUCUCAUGCUACAGCAUGUAUGCCCCUGCCAUGAUGAACCCAAAUAUCUAAGUUAUAAAUGCAGUCUGUGAGAUUUUGAUGUUACAUUCUGUCCCCUCAGAACUGUCCAACGGGAGCAUUCAAUGAAGAUUUCUUGAAGGCCAUGAUGGACAUGAACCUUGACGGAGGUGGCAGUGAAGGAGAGCUGGAUUUCCUUCCUUUAAUGCAGGGAUUGAUGGAAAACCUCCUGUCCAAGGAGGUUCUUUAUCCUGCUUUGAAAGACUUACAAGAUAAGGUGAGGCAAGCAGUAUUGUACAAUUAGUGUGAUCUGGAGAGAUUAUGGCUCAAAACUGCACUAAGCUUUACUUGCUUUCAGACACCAAACAUAACAUGUCCUUUGACAUGUACAGAACUGGAACGGGAACAGUUGUGGGGAGAACUCCAGGCAGAGGGUGGGAGUAUUGCUAUAAUGGCCUUUAGGGGAGGCUCCACCCAAAAGGGGUAUCUUUUUCAGGCUUCUUGUAUAUGAAAGGGUAGGGAUUUCACUUGUCGAAGUAUAUAAAAGGGUAGGGAAAUCAGUCAUUCCGGUCUGUAAAGAGGACCAAAAGGGCUAACAGAUGCAUGGCUGUGAAAAAAUUGAGAAAAUGUGCUUGUUUUAAGACUUAUUCAGUGCCUUUCAGAGCAGUUUAAAGGGAUGCAAAGUUCUCAACUACGUGUGGGAAAAGGUCAGGGCCUCACCAUAUAAAACUUCAAGGAGUACACCCCCCCCCCCCCCUUCUCUUCUGAGGGAUGUUGUAUGAGAGCACAGUGAAUGGCUGCAUAGGAGACUAACAUGUUGGCAGUAACAUGUUAGUCAUGUUAACCCUUUAAGUACCAAUAGUGACCAACAUCAAUUUUCUGCUAACAAAAUCCAUACAUUGUCAAGAGAUUAGGUUAUGAGAAUUAAUAAAAUGAUCGCAAAGAGAAAAUCCUUGACCUUUUCAUCAAAUUCUCUCAACUAAUUCUUUAAGGAAAUGUAUAGAGAUCGGUCAGGAGAAUUUGUAUGUGGAUACUGGGGCUUAAAGGGUAAACAUGGACUAACAUGUUUUAGUAAAAUCCAACUAGUGGUCUAUUAUCAUUGCUGCAGUCUGAUUGGUUAAGCUACUACUAGGCUAUAUGUUAUAGCCCGCCAGUAGCAAUAAGCACCGGCUUUUUGGCGGCAAAAAAGGAUGAAAGUCUAGCUUUAACUAGCUAAAGUUGUUUUGUCUCAAUAUUUUUUGACCAACUAGUUGGAUUUUACUAAAACAGUAAAUUCCUCUCACCCUCAUGGUCUCUGAGUCAAUAGCCCAUUCGGCCUUUGGCCUCAUUGACUCAGAGCAAUAACUGUUAACCCUUUAAGUCCCAAUAGUGACCAACAGCAAUUUUCUCCUAACGAUAUCCAUACAUUAUUAUGAGAUGAGGUUAUGAGUUAUUAAAUGACCACCUAAGAGAAAAUACUUUGACCCUUUAUCAAAUUCUCUCAACUCAUUCUUUAGGGAAAUAUAUAGAGAUCAGUUUGGAGAACUUGUAUGUGGAUACUGGGGCUUAAAGGGUUAAAUACAGUCAAACCCUGUAAAUACAGACACUGAUGGGGUCAUAGAAAGGUCCGUGGUUAACUAGGUGUCCGUUUUAACCGGGUCAUGUUAUUUUAAGUCAAAAAACACCUUUUUAUAUUAAAAAAAAAUACUAAAGAAAUAAAAGAGGACAUUAGCAUCAUCAAAUUAAACAUCUCUAACCUUCACGAAGGCGUCAUUCUGUGAAUAAAAUCCCUGGAAACACUAAAAGAAGUCGCUCGUUAACUAAAAUCAAUCAAGAUUGUUCUUUGCGUAACUAGUUUGAUGCCAAAAUAAUCUGAAUUUGACAUCUACAAAUCAUCCUAUCUGGUGUACUGAAGCACUGGGAACAUUGACAUGCUGUCAACUGCAGGGUUUUUUACCUUGAAAAAGGGAAGGUUUGUUAGAACACACAGUUGAUAAUAAAGUGUCUGCAUAAGUGAGAUUCACUUUCCAUAUGAAUGUGUUCGUUGGGCAAGAAACAAGUGUCUGUCGUCCACAUUAACGGGUGUCUGUAUGAAGCAGGUUGAAUUUAGAGAAAGUGUAUGGUCUUUCCCCAGGGACAAAGCAAAUUGUCCGUAAUAACCAGGUGUCUGUAUUAAUCCUUUAAGUCUCAAUAGUGACCCACAUCAAUUUUCUCCUAACAAUAUCCAUAUGUUGCCAAGAGGAAUGGUUCUGAGAGUUAAUAAAAUGAUCACUUAAGAGAAAAUGCUUUGAUCUACUAUCACACUCUCUUAACUAAUUCUUUAAAGAAAUGUAUGAAGAUCGGUAUGGAGAAUUUAUAUGUGGACAUUGGGGCUUAAAGGGUUAAGUGGGUGUCCAUAAAGCAGGGUUCAACUGUUAUUAUAAAAUUCUUGGCCAGACAUGUAACUACAUUGUAAUGUCAAGGUAGACUCAACAUUACAGUAAUUAUGUCAAAACUGUGAUAGAAUAUUUUUGUACAUAAAUCUUCAUCUUUUUCCUUACUUUUCUUUAUUACUAUCAGUACCCAACUUGGCUGGAAGAAAAAAGAUCUUCCUUGGGUGCAGAAGAAUUAAGCCGAUAUGAAAGACAACUUAGUUUGGUCUCAGAGGUUUGUUCAGAAUAUGAGGCUGAGAGGUCAAGUGACUCUGAUGAGAUCAAGAAAAAACGAUUUGAAAAACUCUUGGGCCUUAUGCAGAAGGUGAGUCACAUACAGUCAAACCUCCAUGUGCAACCACUUGUAGUAGGCGAUCAGGCGAUCAACAGUAAUACAACACACCAAAAUUUUCUCAUGAAAAUCGGAACCUCUCGUAAACAAACACUUCUUGUUAGUGAACUCAUCCUCGGUUUAAUAAUUUUCGAUUGUUUUCAAUCUCAACCACUCGCGACCACUUGACGAAUGGUUUGUUCUACAUGUUCACUUUAUAAUUAUGUGCUAUGCUCUGUUAAGCCGUGUGCAAACGGCUGCAACAUUGUUGGCCAACAGCUCCCAGCAUUGUUGUAUGUUCCAUGUUGCAUCCCGUUUGCCCACCCUGAUUGCGCAAAGUUUGAAACUGGUCAACCUUUUAGCCCCGUGCAAACAUAUGCAACAUUGUUGGGAGUUGUUGCGUGCAUUUGCAAGUAGCUUUAGAUAGCUGAACUUUUAGUGACAACAUGGAAGUACACAUAUCGUGCCAACCUCGUCCCCAGGGGGCUUUUCCCUGGCUUUGGCCCCACCUCCAAAUCCAGGGAAAAGCCCCCUGGGGGCGAGGUUGAUAUCGUACCGUACUGUAGAUAUAGCAUGCAUUACAUUAUCUACCAUAAAGAUGAUAUAUCCUGAUCUUUUCUUGGAAGAGAUCCCCUGUUGUUCGAUUCUUGUGAAAGACCACCUCUCUUAAGUAACCAAUAAGUCUUCGCAGUUUGGGUGGUAGCUUGAGGGAGACUCAACCUAAAUAGCCAGCUAUGCCUGUGAAGAGGGUAUUAUUUUUCUCUAGUGAAAAUUUGAGGUCCUAAACUUCUUACAUCUGAUCAGAUUCUCUAGCUGCUGCCUGCUCAAUUUUUGUUGAAUACCUUUGUUAGUAAUGAAUAUUCGAUUGACCAAAAAUAACAUCCGUUCACCACCAGCUUUGCACUCACAGGUUAGUUGCACUAAGUCCUUACAAAGUCCUCCUUGGAGAUUUUCCCUUGGAAUCAGCCACACUCAGAUUCUAAACAAGAAGUCUUGGAGACAAGUUGGCCUCUUUUACAUCAUGAUAGCCUACAUAGCCGGCGCUUGGGAGUAAUGGGCGCAAGAAAGAACGGGGCGCGCGAGGGAGACACGCGAGGGGAGAGGGAGCUCCCUCUCCCCUUGCGUGUCUCUCUCGCGAGGGAACCGUUCUUUCCUGCACCCAUUACUUCCAAGCAGCGCCGGCUACGCAGGCUAACAUUAUGAAAAUUUGUAAUUUUUAUCUGUUUUCAAUGUUACAUCAUUUAGAUGCAAGAAUGCGGACAGCCGCCAUCAGAACUGGUUGGAGAAAUGGUAAGAUGACAUUUUUUUUUUUUUUUGGCGAUAUGUUUUAGUUAGAGUUGAUGUUUUUAAUUUUGGCUUAGGGGAGGGGUAGGUUAAUUGAAGACGUUGGACACAGCUUGCAAAAAGCAUGUACAACAACAUUUAAGUCACAUUAUUAUCCCCAAAGCUAUUCUGGAUAGAUGCGCUUUGGAAGCAUGUGAGGCCAUUUCAAAAGCCUAUGUUUCCACCUGUCCACAUCAAAAACGACGCGUUUUCAACGAACUCCACUUUUGAAACCGUUUUGGAAAGUUUUCUUUUUUAUCAGUGUUUUCGGGCGUUUUAGUGUGGAUGAUAAACGAAAACGCAUCAAACCUUUGCAGCUUCAACCGAAAACGCAUUAGUGUGGAUGGCGCCUCAGACAACGAGUUGUCCCUCAGUUUCCUUGGCAAUAGUAGAACAAGCGAAUUACGCGUGCGCGUGUGAAGAACGCUACCCGCGAGGAAAGGUGACACGCGCGCGGAGGGAAGGAGGAAGGCGGGUGACGUUAAGUCCUUGGCCUUGUUUUCUCCAUCCUUACUUAUUAAUUGGAAGGAGAGGUAAAUGAAACACUUUGCUCUUCGAAAAGAGGAGUAGACGUAGACUCUGGUGGUGUUGUCUAUCUCUCAUCGGGAGAGGGGAGUGUCACAGGCUUGAUGCUUUUGCGGUGGCUGAAAGCUAGAAAUUGCGAAUGUGUUAAACAACAAAAGCAAUUGUUGAACACACAGAAAACGCACCCAAAAGGAGGGUCUACUGGUAAACUAUGUUGUGUUGUGUUCAAAAACUGACACAACAUUUUUCGAGGUUGUACUGUGUGCACUAUUGCACCCUGCGAGCCAGAGCUCAUCUUUUGUCUUCUUCUUGAGGAGAAAAUGAGACUCUGCGUAAGUUGCGUCAAGCCUAUGAAGUCAUAGUCUUCUUCGCAGCCGUUAUUAGGGGAAUAUAAGGAGCGUUGCGUGACAACCCUAGAAUAGCCUGCAAAGGAGACUAUUGAAGUCGAAGCAGACCAAACCUCUGGACUGUGAACAUCCGUUAAUUACUGACCCCGCUGUACCAAGCGCACGGCUUUUUUUAGGCCUGGGUUCGAAACUGUAUCCUAGUAACAUGCAACGCAUGCGCCAAAGAAAGGCUCCGCUGGCUGGGUACACUUUUGUUAUUCCUUUCCUCUUUGAGUCUCAAUGUUUUAUUCACUCCUUCCCCAGCCCCCAGGUUUUCUUGGUCCUCUUCCUGAGAUGCCGGAACCGCCAGAAAUGUCAGAUGUACCUGAUGAACUUAAAAAUGAGUGCAAAGUGACGUAGCACUGAGUGUCGUAUUCUCAGAAUGUGACACAAAUUCGAUACAACCCGCGAGGGUCAAUAACUACUGCACGCAGUCUUGAAGCAAUCCAAUCUGGUGAAAAUAAAUGGUGGGCCGUCGCUCUAAUAGGAAGAUUUGACCGGUGCCACUGAUGGAUAUGAACAAUUAUCAACUAUGUAUAAUAUACAAAAAAAUGAUGACUUUAAGGGAUGUAGUGUUUGAGCUACAAUAAUACCGUAUUUAUUCGAUUAACCGCCCUGGGCGCUUAUUAAAUUUUUGGACCUUGAGAGUGGGCGCUUAUUCGAGGCUGGGCGCUCAUUAAAUUUUCACCACUUUCAGCAAGUGAAGUAUGUUUAUUUUGCAACAAAACAAUAAAUGCUAAUAACAAAAUGCGAAGAAGUAACAAUGCAAGGUUUCUGUAAAAUACUCUGAAGAAAACUCCGUCCUUGGGGAAGUCUCUUAUUAGAAUUUAUUCACUCAAGUGGGUGGAGUGGG